UGAUUUUUUUGUUGUCACUAAAAUUAGUUGAUUUAUAACGUCGCGAUACACAAGACCAAUUUGUGUGUGGACUACAUUUUGAUACAUUGAAACGAUACGAAUGGGUCGCUUAAAAUGGUUUCUGUUUCUCGCAUUUAGUUCCGUGUUCUGUGAUGGAUCCGUAACGUCAGUAUUUAGUUCAUUGCGGCGCACUGAUAAUUCCGACGAAAAAACGUACCACUUCUCCAAAGUGGAUACAUUCAAACCUGUCGAUGAACCGAUUAUUUAUGCGGAUGGCUACAACGAUAAUACAAAAAUGAUAGUCGGCUUUCAAAAUAUGAUAAUUUUCGGGGUGUUUGAAAACGAAAAGCAUUAUGUGAUUCGAGUUAACGAAGAUUUAGAUCAAGAUCUUACCAAUAUUCCCAGUCAGUUUUUGAAUAACGGUGAUAGCGGUGAAUUAUUCGAUAUUGUUACACUGAAGCCUACUGAGCCGCCGACUACAGCGUUCCCGCGAUUCCGGGACAGUGUCAAAGAAUUACAGCGGGAGACGUUACCAGGCUUUGAUCCAGAUACACAGACUCUAAGCGACUAUCUACAGCAGGUUUCUUAUAAUAUGAGCAGAUUGCACAAUCAACAGAGUGAUGAUGAAUGAAAGAAACUCCGAGUCGAAGACGUUUAGCAUCAAGGGCAUUUACCAACUACUUUCGAUUUU